AUCUCAUCUCAUCUCAUCUCGACUCAACUCUUUACUCAUCAAUCUAAGCUUCAUUCAGCGUUUUGUGAAGCCAUCAAAGUUACUGGCUUGAAAGAGGAUACCUUUGCAUAAUCUCCGAGUCAUCAUGCUGGAGCCUUUCUUACAACCAGUCCCCGUCCCGGAAUCACUCCCAGUACGGGCUAAGCCACGAGCUCGAAAGCCUCGUCAACAGGGUCCCAAAAAGUUCGAGUUCGUCUCUUCAGACCCAGUGGGCAAACCAGCACCUGAAUCUCGCAAGUUCAUCCGCAGCCAUGUAAUGCGCGGCAAGAACACAAAAAAGUCACCCCCAAAACAUCCAACACUCGAUGUUAGAGUCGAUGCUCUCCCCGGAGCUAAUGACGAUGUGGAGGAGCUAGAUCGCCCUGCACCCCUGGCGAUCACUUGCUGCACAGAUGCCAUGUGGACUGUUGGCCAUACACAUGCUCGCCAAGACAGAGCUUGGGUUGAGUCGCCUUCUCUUAUGGUGCAACUAGUCAAGCCCCCGCCUGAUCUGGAUCUUUUCACGUUUGCUACACCCCUUGGUAAAGAUUCGAGGUACUAUAUUUAUAGAUUUCUUACUACCAUCAAGGAGACUAUGUACCCUGCAGAAUGGUGUUUCGAUCCUGACGUCGAGAAGGUAUGCUGGUUCCGCUGGCUGCUAGAAGAUCCGGCCUACUUGCACUGCAUCUGUUUUAUGGUCAGCGCCUUUCAAGAUCUUAUCAAUAUGCAGUCAUUACUUGGUCGUGGGAAAUACGAGACUGGAUGGGGCGGAGAGUUCUCAGCAUCAACACGAAAUCGUCUCCGGCAUACCAUCAAACUCCUGCAAGAAAGGCUGCAAGACCCUGCCAAGCAAGUCGAGGAUGCAACUACAGCGACGAUCAUAUCGUUGGCUAUGAUGGCUGAUGCGAUGGAGGACGCUCAGGCCUUCGAAGCUCACUCGAAUGGCCUUCGACGGAUCGUCAAGAUGAGAGGUGGUUUACAAGGAUAUACACAUAAUCGGCAACUACAGAUCAAGCUCUGUCGUGUCGACCUCGGAUGGUCCAUCAGAAACGGCUGCAAACCCGAGAUCUACAGCGGCAAACCAGCAUGGGAACCUCUCCUAGAAGCCUUUGGAACCGUAGCCUGCUCUUUCGAGAUUCAAGAACCAUCUCUGGACUUCAUGAACGUCUACUACACCUGGGACUGGAGAUUGCAAAACACUUUCAAAGAUCUUCGAGACUUUUCCGCCCUGGCUAACAGAUACUCGCCGAGUGCCAAGAAGCUCAAACCCGAAGCGUUCCAGGAGAUCAUGCUGUCAAUUCAGUAUCGACUUUUACAACUUGACUUUUCUCAAGAUCCAGCGCCGAUACAGGAGGCGCUGCGUAUUGGACUUCUUGCUUAUGAGUCAACCAUCUUCUUGCAAAUACAGGGCAUGAAACUACAGUCCGACUCGUUCAGUCGACAGUUCCGCGAUGCCAUUCAGGCAACGCCCGUGCAAGGCGAAGCCACCGCCAACAUCAAGCUUUGGCUUCUUGUGGUGGGGUCUAUCAUUGUCUUUGACAGCAGUGAAGAUUGGCUUGUGCAGUCGAUACACAGUUUGGCUGGACGACAGAGCUGGGAGGAUGUCCGGGAGCGUGUGAGGGAGGUUAUGUGGAUUGAUAUCAUUCACGAUGUCCCUGGUCGGAAGGUCUUUGAAGCGACACAAGCAUAUAUAUGAAGUGGGAGCACAGCGGGAUAAAGGUCACCUAUGCAGGCCUCCAUCUCUCGUUCAGCCCAUAACAACAGAAGCUAUGGCAAACCACAUACUGUAACGCAAAUUUGACUACAUACUCUCCGUGAAGCAAAUGUCGGGCUAUGCUCCAUGACGGGCUGGGAUGCUACCUCAAAGACCCAGGUCAUGCUUAGCCCAGUGUUGCAUAAAGCCAUAUACAAUGAAAGGCUCGUUUCCCCUCUAGUCCCGGGAAACGAUGGGAUGACCAUUUCAUCAAAGACCCUGCCUCAAAUUAAGCGAAAGUUCAUAGAAACAUGCAGUUCAGCUAACCGAUACACGCAGAAGCCAUAUUCAACAACUCCAGCCUGCCAGUUCCGUCCGCAAUGGUAAAUUCAUUGAUGAAACCUGGAUUGCUAUUGGCCUUCUGGUGAUGAAUCUUCAGUCCUUUCUACGCCACUGUUCUUUGUUCUCUGGGUAGAAGCAUGGAGUUAUGCACAGCUUUCACGGCUGCUAACGCAGCUUGCUACAUCUACGCAGCUGUCCACGAUGACUUGUUACUAUUAUGCUGCCUUAUACCUCACUUAAACAUCUAUGCUUUUUUAUCUUGCUGUCGAACCCAGCUGUACGUUCAGGGCGAGGCGGUCAUCUGGCGGUAUAUAUCUACGAACAAAGGUAAGGCGGGAUUCCUUCCAGAAGUCAAGACAUGUGUAUUUAGUAUGGGAAACAUCGCAUUCACUUGAUGAUCUAAGUGAAGUUAUCUUGAGAGAUAUAAAUACAAGUCGUAAUCGUCAACUCAG